AUGAAGUUGGAUAUUAAGGUACGUUCACUAUAUUGUCGACCCGUUGCUGACAACUUAAAAGAAACUUUCAACGGAAAAAUUGAAAUAUGGUCCUAUGAAACCGGAUCCGUUGUCAAGUCAAUUGAUGUUACCAAUGUCCCCGUUAGAGCAGGUAAAUUCGUCGCCCGCAAAAAUUGGGUUGUUGUUGGAUCUGACGAUUUUCAGAUUAGAGUUUACAAUUACAAUACUGGUGAACGCGUUGCUCAAUUCGAGGCGCACCCUGACUAUAUUAGAUCCAUUGCAAUCCAUCCGACUAGAUCGUACGUAUUGACUUCGUCCGACGAUUACACAGUCAAGCUCUGGAACUGGGACAAUAAUUGGAAAUUGGAGCAGAUUUUUGAAGGACACCAGCAUUAUGUGAUGUCUGUUGCUUUCAAUCCAAAAGAUUCCAAUACCUUCGCGUCUGCUUGUUUGGAUAAAACUGUGAAGAUCUGGUCUCUCGGAUCUAGGGUUCCAAACUUUACUCUACUUGCUCCCGAAUCAAAAGGUUUUAACUACGUUGAUUACUAUCCGCAUGGAGACAAGCCAUAUUUGAUCACGUCUUCUGACGACAAAUCAGUUAAAGUUUGGGAUUACCAAACGAAGUCUUGUGUUGGUACAUUGGAGGGGCACUCUUCUAAUGUGUCAUUUGCGGUCUUUCAUUCUGAACUGCCUUUGAUCAUCUCUGGAUCUGAAGAUGCUUCCAUCAAAAUCUGGAACUCAAAUACAUACAAGCUGGAAAAGUCGCUGAAUUAUUCAAUGGAGAGAGCUUGGUGUGUGGCAACAAAGAAGGGUUCAAGUUUGAUGGCUGUAGGUUUCGACACUGGUCACGUUGUCGUCAAAUUGGGAGAUGACAAACCUUUAUUGUCCAUGGACCCUAUGGGAAAAAUCAUUUACUCUAAACAUACUGAUAUAUACAAUUCGGUGAUCAAGGCUUCUGAUGCGCAAUUAGAAGAUGGAGAAAUUCUGCCUCUGACUCACAAAGAGCUAGGAAGCAUUGAAAUAUUCCCGAGUACAUUGAAACAUUCUCCAAAUGGGAGGUUUGUCACGGUGACCGGAGACAACGAAUACAUCAUUUACACUGCACUGGCGUGGAGAAAUAAGAUGUAUGGUUCGGCUUUGGAUUUCGUUUGGGCCCAGGACUCUAAUUAUUAUGCUAUCAGAGAAUCGGCAUCGUCAGUCAAAAUAUACAAAAACUUCAAAGAAAAGAUAAGCGGUCAAAUUGAUCUGAUCUAUGCUGCCGAUAAGCUCUUUGGCGGAACUUUAUUAACUGUGAAAUCUGAUGGGUUUGUGUCGUUGUACAAUUGGGAUACAGGCGCUUUGGUAAGAAGAAUUGAUGUUGAAGCGGAAGAUGUUGUCUGGUCAGAAAAUGGCGAAUUGGUGCUUAUUGUUUCGAGCGAAACUGCAUAUGCCCUUAGGUUUGACAAGGACGUCUUUCAAGAGCACUUGAAUAACGGAACGAUCGAUCCCCAGGAGGGAUGCGAGGAUUGCUUUGAAGUUCUUUACGAUAUUCAAGAUCAAAUAGUGAGCGGUCAAUGGGUUGGUGAUGUGUUUAUUUAUACCUCUUCUUCGAAUAGGCUCAAUUAUCUGGUUGGAGGUUCAAUCAACAACUUGGCUCACUUUGACAAAACAAUGUAUUUGUUGGGGUACCUACCAAGAGAUAAUAAGGUUUAUGUUGCUGACAAAGACAUCAACAUCGUCUCUUAUUAUCUCUCGCUGUCUGUGUUAGAAUUCCAGACAGUUGUUUUGCGUGGCGACCUUGAUCAGGCAGAUGAACUAAUGGCGAACAUUGACCCUAAAGAUAUCCCAAAAAUUGCCAGGUUUUUAGAACAACAGGGCUUCAAAGAGAAAGCAUUAGAACUUACAAAUGACUCUGAGCAGAAAUUUGAGUUAGCGAUUGAAACGAUGAAUCUUACUCUCGCACAAGAAAUUGCGGAGCAAGAAAACAGUCCCCGUAAAUGGAAAAAGCUGGGGGACAUUGCCAUGGCAAAUUGGAAUCUGAAGUUAGCCAACGAAGCUUUUAUCAAGUGUAAGGACUAUCCCUCACUUUUACUUCUCUACACUUCACUUAAUGAUGUUGCUGGCCUGAAGAAAUUGAGUGACGAGUGCUUUAUCGCUGGCAAAUUCAAUUUGGCGUUUUCUUCUGCAUGGGCUGCAUCUGACCUGUCCUCUUGUUCUGAAAUACUUCUCAAGACAGACAGACCUGCAGAGGCUGCAUUGUUGAGCAAAGCGUAUGAAGACAGUAAAACUUCUAUUGAUGUCAAAAUUUCACAAUGGAAACUCUAUUUGACUGGAAUAGGGAAAGAGAAACUUAGCUCAAGACUGCUUGAGAUGAAACAGAACAAAAGGGAAGCGGCACCUGAAAAUCUAGAGGAAACCCUCAUUGAUUUGGAAGAAGAGUAA